AUGGCAAACGGAACUUCCAACGACACGGCGCUGGUUGUCCCCGAUAAUGCCAUCGAUGCGUCAAAUGAAACGGCCAGCACAUCUUCGUCGACAAUAUCUGUCCAAGACUCCGACCAGGACUUUAGGCUGGGCAUGCGCGGUACUAUGAUCUUUGUGAUUUUGGCCGUCCUGACCUUGAUGGCGGCUCUUGAUGGUACAUCGAUAUCCGUUGCUUUACCGAUUAUCUCUAAGGAGCUCAACGGGACCGCAAUUGAAGCAUUUUGGAGUGGGACGUCGUUCCUCCUAUCUUCAACAGUCUUCCAACCGAGUUUUGCAUCAUUUUCAAACAUCUUUGGACGUCGAUCCGUAAUUAUGGUUGCUAUCGCUCUCUUUCUGGCGGGAGCUAUCAUCUCAGGGGUGUCCAAGGACUUUACACAUCUGCUUGUGGGGCGUUCCAUCCAAGGUGUCGGUGGCGGAGGUAUUAUUGCCCUGACAGAAGUCAUUAUGACUGAUAUCGUACCCCUGAGGCACCGCGGCCAGUAUUUUGGUGUCUUCAGCGGUAUGUGGGCUAUUGGCUCUGUCUCUGGCCCCAUUUUGGGUGGCGCAUUCUCACAAAAUGUCACUUGGCGCUGGAUCUUCUACAUCAAUUUCCCGUUCAUUGGCGUCGGGGUUAUCAUGAUAAUGGUCUUUCUUAAGCUCAACAUGAUCCCUUCCUCGUUGAUCGAAAAGCUCCGGCGGAUCGAUUAUAUUGGCACAGUGCUUUUCGUUGCCAGUAUGACCUCAUUCCUAAUUCCUCUCACAUGGGGCGGUGUCUCGUAUCCAUGGGGGUCGUGGCAUACACUCGUUCCCUUCAUCCUUGGUUUCUUGGGGCUUUGCUUCUUUGGUUACUAUGAGCAUCACUAUGCUGUUGACCCUGUCAUUCCGCCUUCCAUCUUCAACAAUAGAACUGCGACUGUGUCUUUUAUUGGGAGCACCCUACAAGGUCUCGUUCUCUGGUGCACCUUGUACUACCUACCUCUUUACUACGAGGCUGUCAAGGGCUACAGUCCAAUUCUGUCCGGUGUUGCUCUUUUCCCUGAGACAUUUACUGUCGCACCUAGUGCUAUGGCGGUCGGGAUUAUAUCUUCAAAAACCGGAAGAUAUCGAUGGGCAAUCUGGCUAGGCUGGGCCUUCUCCACAAUUGGCUGUGGACUCAUUUGCUUGAUAAAAGUCAACACCAGCGUGCCUGGAUGGGUUUUCCUCAACUUGGUGGCGGGACUCGGCCUAGGAUUCUUGUUCCCAUCGUUGGGAUUCGCAAUCCAAGCAUCUUCUACAAACGAGAACCUAGCCACUGCGGUGGCAAUGUUUAGCUUCUUCCGCGCUCUUGGCCAGGCCCUUGGUGUUGCUAUUGGUGGUGCAAUCUUUCAAAAUCGCAUGUAUGAAAACUUGUUGAAGUACCCAGAGUUCACUUCUCUGGCCAGCGAAUACAGCUCUGAUUCGGCGGGGCUUGUGCAGAUCAUCAAGGGAAUGCCCAAUGAUGUCCACAAACUACACCUGCAGGAAGCAUAUACCGAUAGUUUGAGAAUUGUCUGGGCAGUCUGCUGUGGCGUUUCGGCUGUUGGACUCCUGCUCAGUUUCUUCACUGAAGCUUAUGACCUGAAUCAGGCUCUGGUUGCCACACAAGGCCUUCGGACGGAAAAGACUGCUCCAUUGGAGGAAGGCCAAAGUGAGUGA